ACAGUUGUUGGCUGAUGGCUGGCGAGGAAGCACGAAAACCUCUGGAGAAUUGUUUUCAGCUGUGUUCUUUCUGAGGAUCAUUCGUGCCAGUGUAUUUUGUUUAAUGACAAUAAUACGUCACUGUUUAGUUAUUUCUAUUUGCUUUUUGUCUUUUGAGGCUCUCUGAAGACUGGAGGUUUGAAUUUUGCAGCAGUGUUUACAUUAAAAAACUCGUGGACGAAAACACCACCAGGUGGCGUGCGUGUAUUUAUGUUUACUCCUUCGAUCACAUUGCUCUGUCGUUCUAUUCACGUUCUGUCGAUCCACUGACGUGAGCUGUGCUGGGAAGGCGUUUGUGUAGGCCUAGUCUGGAUGUGACUGUUUUCUAGAUGUUCAGUAAUGGAAACUCAAUCAGCAAAUCAAGGAGACGGAUAUAAAGAGAAACCACAGGAGGGUGGCGGUGGUUCAAGCUCCCAGCAGACUCAAACUCGGUCACCACGCAAUAGAUCAAGUUCUCUCGGAAAUGAAAAUAAAAACCAAAAUGACAGUAGUGUUGGGUCAGCAGUUGUCAACAAAGACCAAGUACAGCAGUCUGGGGAACCUAAUACUGCAGACGCCGUUGUGUCUUUCGUGAAACCCAACACAAGUGAAUAUAAUAAGAACAUACCAGCCCUUCCUAAACACAGUGGUGCGAUGUCUGAAGAUGAAUCUAUUCAGGAGGAUAGGGAUUAUGAAUCAGAACCAACACCAUCUCAAAGAGGUGAUAGUCAAAAACGCUUUAAAAGUAAAUCUUUGUGGACAAGUCAAGGUAAAACUGUGUAUCCUAAAUCAAGGGCUGUCAACAAGGAAAUAAGGGAAUUAAGACGGAACAAUGCUUUGCUGGAAAAAAACUUGAAGAUUGAUGGAUUGCCAGAGCCUCCAAAAUUAAGGAAAAGAAGAUUUUCUGUUGGUUCUGGGACUGGAAGACCUCAUGAGAAGGAUUUAGGGCACAAGAGGAAAAGAUUAGGAUCAGUGGACUUCCGACCAAGGAAAGAUCACAUGCCAAAAUGGGAGCUGUUAGGUGGUGAUGCCGGAGAUCCUUUGAAUUUGAACGGGCUAGCCCACAGCGAAGAAGGGAGACUGCUCAACAUGAAAACCCCAGAAAGUUCACCCCUGCCGACUCCGGAAUUCAGGAAACUUGUUUAUGUUAGAGUACCACCUAACAUUGAGGACCCCUUGAAUCUUGAAGGAAAACAUGACCAGCGUGUGCUCGACAAGAUGUUGGACGCGACAAUUAAAAAGCGCCAUCGGUCAAAGAAAAAGCAUGAGAAACAGAACUCAGGGAAAGCUGAUGGUGAUAUGCAAUCCGAAACUGUGGCCGAAACAACUGUCUGUUCAAAUGUAUCGUAUGAAUCUAUGGAAUCUAGUAUAGAUACUACUCCUGUUGUUCAAGAUGGAGACAAGUCGAGGCUACCAAUCUCAGAAUCUGGUCCUGCGCAAAAUUCGUCUGAAAUUACAACCCCAACAAAACCAGGGCCAUCUGCAAGCAGAAGGUCAAGAUCAAUAAGUAUGAGUCCAGAAAGAAAAUUCAAACGUCAAAUCAGUGGUGGCAAAGGGAGGUGUGCAACACAAAAUGAACCCAAAAAGUUUCCGGAGAAGCCUAUGUUUAUUUAUGGAAAUUAUAACAGGUAUUAUGGCUACAGAAAUAAAGACCAUGCUCCGGAUCCAAGGCUUCAGCAUUUCAGUCCAUCGUGGUUCCAAGGAAAAGACGUGCUUGACAUUGGUUGUAAUGUUGGCCACAUUACAUUAGCUCUUGCUGAGCAGUUCCGACCCAACAAAAUCCUAGGCAUUGACAUUGAUGGCAAGCUCAUUAGAGCUGCACGCCAGAACAUCAGACACAUGCUGAGCUUGAGGCGAAAAGAUUCAUCAAAGUAUCCAGCUGUCUUUGAAUUAACCAAAGGUCCGUUGGAGGCUCAUCCACUUAUGGGCACAUCAGAUCAGUUCCCAAAUAAUGUUCUCUUUCUGCAGGGGAAUUACGUACCUGCCAGUGAAGAGAUUCUUGAGCUCCAGAAAGAAGAGUAUGACACCAUUUUGGCCCUGUCCAUAACCAAGUGGAUUCACCUCAACAACGGAGAUCACGGGGUCAAGUUGUUCUUCCGCAAGAUUUUCCGUCAACUCAGACCCGGCGGACGGCUGAUCCUGGAACCACAGCCGUGGUCGACGUACAGAAAAAGAGCAAAACUUACACCCGAUAUGUUCAACCACUAUCUGUCGAUCAAGUUAAAACCAGAGGGGUUCAAGCACUACCUCCUGUCUAUUGGCUUCGUCAAGUGUGAAGUCAUAGCUGUACCCGUUGCGAAAGCGAAAGGCUUCCGCCGGCCUCUGAUUGUGUUUACCAAGCCAGACAACAAACAAAGCUACAGCAGCCUGGACGUAGAGGUGGCGAAGAGCAUUUGCACGGCCUGCGGCAGUCACGAUCCCAGUUCCUGCGUGCAUGAGUUCACCGGAAUUCGACGCGGAGCCUACGCCAGCUACAUGUACGACCACGUCAACUACCCACGGAUGUCUUCGGAUCACUACUACGAUCCGUCUACCCACCGGGGCGCGAGCCACGGCAACAGCAUCGAAGCGGAGUACGCCUACGCAAUGGGCUGCGGGCCGGCUGGCGUCUACGGGGGCGACCCGUUUCCGAUGCCCUGGCAGAGGCCGGCUAGCGGUGGGAGCAGAGCGACGGACAGCCCCGCGUCCCACGGCCGCAGCACGAGGGCGGAGAACGGCGAGAGGUCUAGCGGCAGUGGCAGCAGCAGCAGCCGGAGUCAGUCGGCCAGCGAGAGGAGCUACAGCUCUUCCUACACAUCAGGGUCAGGGUCGGCGUCCUCAAGGACAACAGCCAGCUCGGAGUACAGCCCCUUGCACAACGGGCCCAACGGGGACAUAGCGCAGGAGGUUCUGUGGGAGGAUGCGGUGCUCAACGCAGACAUGGGGGGAGAGGCAGACGGGGACCUUGAAGGCGGUGGUGACGGAGAUGGUUACGAAGGUCAGGUUGUGGUGGGGCCUGGCGGAGAUGUUCAAGACUUAAAUGUUCAAAAUGAUGCAGACAUGCAAGAUGUAAAUGUUCAAAAUGCUGCCGUUGUUCAAGACGGUAAUGUUCAAAAUGAGGUCGCUGGAGCGGAGUGGAUGGCCAACGCUGACCCAGGUCAGCCAGCAGAAGGAGGUGGCGAGGGCGGGAACCAGCCCGCCGAGAAUGUCCACCCUGGCAAUGAUGACCCCAGUGUCAACGGAAACGGCCUCAAUGCCAGCGCCAGUAGUGGGGGUAACAAUGACGAUGCUAACGGCAAUGGUGGUCUCGAUACAAGUUCCAGUAGUAGUGGUGGGGGUGGUGAUAAUGGUGGUGGUGCUAACGGCAACGGCCUCAAUACCAGUGGCAGUAGUAACCACGAUGGCGCUAAUGGGAAUGGUCUCGACACCACAAGUUCUAGCAGUGGUGAUCCCGUUGGAAAUAAUAACAACAAUGGUAACGACUCGAUGGAAAUGGAGAGCAGUGGUUCGUCAUAGUUUCAUGCUUUGAACACCGGGGCAUUCAAGAAAGCAGACACAAGAGAGAGGUGUCUGCUCAAAUUUGGUGUUCAAAGUGGACUUGUUGAACUUGUGAAUUUGGCAUUAUGUGUUACACGGUGCUUUCAUUCUCUUGGACAAAGUUUUAGGCCCUAAAGUAGCAGCAGUAAUGAUGGUGCAAGAAUGUGGUAGGCUCAUAUCUUGAAAUUCAUGAACAGUUCAGACAUACGUGAACUAAACAUCAUCAUAGACAUUGCAAGGGAGUUACGUGUGUUAAGUGAAGUAUAUUUAUCUUCUGAGUUUGUUGAAAGUUUUGUUGUUGGAUUUUCUGUUAUUUUGGACAUUCGGUCAGUAGUUUUUGUGUGGUGGAACAGGGCUUUCUCUCGGUUAAUGCUUGUUUCACGUUGCCUGGUUUGAGAGCAUAAUAAUAAUUUUUUCUUCUUCUGUCUGGGUUGAUUUUGAU